ACGAUUUUAAAACUCCAACACAAGUUGCUGUAACGUGUAGCUCGUCGUCUCACAUUGUGGACCACAACUUUCGCGACCGCACUCCCCAUGACAGCCCAUAAACAAGAGCGACGAAGACAAACAAACAGGGAACCAGGAGGAAAACAACGGACUCCCACCGACUGAACUCACUGGAGGAAUUUACCGUGGCGCACCGUGCGUAAAGAGCGCACGGGCCACUUUUCCGCGUCUCCACCGCACUGCCUUUUUUUAUUGAACAUUAUUGCUCAUCUUCGGACUUUCAUCCCCACGGAGCUGAACGUAUAAUGUUAAAAAUGACGGACGAGCAUGACAAGUGCGUCGGCGACCAGCCGUGCAGUCCGUCCGGCACCAACAGCUCCAUGUCCCAGGACGACUCCGACUCCGACGCGCCGUCCUCGCCCACCGGCUCCGACGGCCAGGGCUCCCUGCUCGUGGGCGUGGGCAAAAAGCUGGACUCGGAGGACGACGAGCGCUUCCCGGCGUGCAUUCGAGACGCCGUCUCGCAAGUGCUGAAGGGAUACGACUGGUCCUUGGUGCCGAUGCCCGUGAGGGGGAACGGGUCGCUGAAGAGCAAGCCGCACGUCAAGCGACCCAUGAACGCGUUCAUGGUGUGGGCGCAGGCGGCGCGCAGGAAGCUGGCGGAUCAGUACCCGCACCUGCACAACGCGGAGCUGAGCAAGACGCUGGGGAAACUCUGGCGUUUGCUCUCGGAGAGCGAGAAGAGGCCGUUUGUGGACGAGGCAGAGAGGCUCCGGGUUCAGCACAAGAAAGACCAUCCAGACUACAAGUACCAGCCGCGGCGGCGGAAGAACGUGAAGCCGGGCCAGAGCGACUCGGACUCGGGCGCGGAGCUGUCGCAUCACAUGUAUAAGGCUGAGCCGGGGAUGGGAGCGCUGGCUGGGAUGACUGAUGGACACCACCACCCCGAACACGCAGGGCAGCCCCACGGUCCACCCACUCCACCCACUACGCCCAAAACGGACCUGCACCACGGGGUGAAGCCGGACCUGAAGCACGAGAGCCGCCGCCUCGUCGACAGCAGCCGGCAGAACAUCGACUUCAGCAACGUGGACAUCUCCGAGCUCAGCACCGACGUCAUCAGCAACAUGGAGACCUUCGACGUGCACGAGUUCGACCAGUACCUCCCGCUGACGGGCCACGCGGCGGGCGCCCCGGCGCUGCCGUCGGAGCACGGCCACGGGCCGGCGCCGGCGCCCGGCGGCGCCUACGCCCCCUCCUACGGCCACGCGGGCGCCAACGGGCCGGCGUGGAGCCGCAAGGGCGCCGUCUCCUCCGCCUCCGCCUCCUCCGGCGCCGCCGGCGAAGCGGGCCAGCACCGGCUCCACAUCAAGACGGAGCAGCUGAGCCCAAGCCACUACAGCGAGCACUCCCACGGGUCGCCCUCUCACUCCGACUACGGCUCCUACAGCAGCCAGGCCUGCGUGACCUCGGCCGCGUCCGCCGCCGCGUCCGCCGCCUCCUUCUCCAGCUCUCAGUGUGACUAUACCGACCUCCAGAGCUCCAGCUACUACAACCCGUACUCCAGCUACCCCUCCAGCCUCUACCAGUACCCUUACUUCCACUCAUCCAGGCGCGCGUACGGGAGCCCCAUCCUCAACAGCCUGUCGAUGGCUCCGGCCCACAGCCCCACGGCCUCCAGCUGGGACCAGCCCGUCUACACCACACUGUCUCGACCCUAAGGGGACAGCACGCAGUCUGUUCAUAGCAGAGACUCAUUCAGACUGAUGCACUACUAACGAAGGACAGAAGGAGCAGGUGGGGAAGCGCGUGUAGGUGGUAGUAGGCCGCCUGUGACCGUUUGAACGUGAAACAAAGAAAAAGUGCCUGCUGAUUUUAUACAGUUAUAUCAUAACAAAGAAAAACACACUUCAAACUUUUUACACAAAGAAAAUUGUGUGGAUGAGCCAAACUCCUCCAUGAGGACUUGUCGCACAUGCCGACACCCCGUGCGCCCCCCGUUGUCCCAGCUUAAGGUGGCACGCGGGGGGAAAGCGAAGGCCCGUGACUGAGUUGUGUAGGGAAGAAACGUGUCGGGGGCCAAAUUCUGUAAGGAAGCAGAAACAUGGGAGAAUCUGAACGGGACCAGGUAUGUGAACCUGCAGUGACACUUCCACCGACGGCCCGGCUGCACAGCACAGUCGCUCACUUGCAUCCACGGAUCAGUCUUAAGUAAAUGGCUCAUGCAGCUUAGCAUCAUUUUGGGAGAAAUGUCUUAUAUGUAUUUAUGUCCAUGCAUUACUGGUUUCCUUUUUUGUCGUUUUAAGUAGAUAAACGCAUAUAAUGUGGGUUUGAUUAUUUGCAGUACCGUCCGGCUUUUACUGAAUCCAAGGCGAAUGAAGUGAGAUAUGAGGUCCGGUGCGUUCCACGUCAUUCCGUCGCAGGCUGAUUUCCAGUAACGUCUCCAUUCCAAGUUGCAAAAAAAUAAAAAAAGAGGCAAAAGGAAAAUGGUGCGGGACCAAGAGCCUCGCACAGGACGGAACAGGUGUCUGAGAGCUAUGCUUGGCAAAUUGCGAUUAGUCAUGAUCCGGGGUUAAAGGAAAUGGAGUAAAAUAACACCACGCGCUCUGAUUGACAUGUCAGCUGGACCUCCUGUACACAUGGAUGUGUGUGUGUGUGUGUGUGUGUGUGUGCGUCUUUGUGCGUCGCUGGACAGAGGACACGUAACACGCACCAGCGAUACCUGAAGCAGAGUGUUGGGGUUCAGGAAACGAGCGCUUGCCCACAGUCCUCUCAACCACCAAGUGCCGACUCGCUGCUGUGGUCCUGUGCAACACGUUCCCGUGCCUUCUAACGCUUCUUGUCAGUAUUUCAGUACGACACGGAAUGAUUAACAAACGUCGGGCAGCACACGAGCAGGAGCUGCAGCUCAGUCAAACCCGGGUCCCUCCUUAAUUGGACAGCGUUGCGUUGCUGUCGGACCAACGUCCACAGUGUCUUGUCCACAGAGGCACGUCUUGUAUAUUAUUCUGGUGUAAACUUCUUGAAAGGCUGUGGAGACGACCGUUCUAUUAACUAGCGUUUCAUUCACACGUGCACAGCUAACCCGUUCACUGGCCAUUUUUUAAAAUAAAAAAUACCUUUUCUUGA